AUGGCAGAGGCAUUUCUUAGCUCUCUUAUCAAGGAGGAGAUCGUACUGAUCUUGGGCGUUGACAAUGAAAUGAAGAAGCUGUGCAGCACUCUCACCACCAUCCAAGCUGUGUUGGAGGAUGCGGAAGACAAGCAAAUCCAGAGCAAGCCAAUUCGUGACUGGCUGCAGAAGCUCACCACUCUUGCUUAUGAGAUUGAUGACAUUUUGGAUGAGUGCAACACUCAUGUCUCCAAACUCAACAACACUCAUUCAAAGCUCAACCGCAAAAGCCUCAAGAAUUUUUUGUAUCGCCACAACAUCGCAAGAAGAAUGAAGCAAGUCAACGAGAAAAUGAUGGCCAUUGCUGCGGAGCGUGGUAGGUUUCAUCUGCGUGAGAUGCCUGUUCAUAGGCCAAGAGAAGUUGCUCUUGCCUCACGCGAGACGGCUUCCCUGUUGAACGAGUCUGAUAAGAUUCAUGGCAGGGAAAAAGAUAAAGACAACAUUGUGAAGAUGUUGUUGAAUGAUGGGAAGGAAAAACAGGAGAUCUCCGUGCUGCCAAUCAUCGGUGUUGGUGGCCUUGGGAAGACCACUCUCGCUCGACUAGUAUUCAACGAUCCACAGGUGGAAGAGCACUUUGAUGUAAGGAUUUGGGUUUGUGUUUCUGAAAACUUUGAGAUGAAGACCUUAGUGAAGGCCAUGAUUGAAUCUGCCAUGGGGAGUGGAGAAGCUUCGUGUCUGCAGCACUUGGAUGCUGUAGAGCGUCGCCUCUGGGACUUGUUGAGCAAAAAAAGAUACUUGAUUGUGAUGGAUGAUGUCUGGAACGACCACCAGGAUAAAUGGUUUGAGUUGAGAGAUGUUCUAUCAUGUGGCUCAACAGGCUCAUUUGUCAUCGUCACCACACGUCAGAAGAAGGUUGCUGAUUUAAUGACAACACUUCCAUGUUAUUACCUUGAGGGGCUGUCGGAUGAGCACUGUUGGGUGCUACUGGAGCAGCGCGCCUUCGGUCCAGGAGAAGAAGUGUCGUCACAAUUGAAGAUAAUUGGGAAUCAGAUCGUGAAGAAAUGUGCUGGAGUGCCUCUAGCUGCUACAUCGCUUGGAGGAAUCCUACGGUUUAAAAGAAAGGAAUAUGAGUGGAUAUAUGUGAGAGAUAAUGAUAUUUGGAAGUUGUCAGCAGAAGAGAGUUUGAUCAUGCCAGCGUUGAGAUUGAGCUAUCAUCAUCUUCCACUGGAACUCAGACAAUGCUUCGCAUAUUUUGCAGCCUUUCCUAAGGAUCAUUACAUUGAAAAGGAACGACUGAUCCUUCUAUGGAUUGCUCAUGGAUACAUUUCAUCAAAGGGGAGUCUACAACUAGAAGAUGUUGGAAAUCAAAUAUGUGAUGAGCUACUACUCCGAUCUCUUCUACAAGUGGAUUACAUGAACAGGAUUAGUAUGCAUGAUCUCGUUCAUGAUCUUGCGGAAUCAAUAAUGGAGAACAAAGUCACAGGAGUACAAAGUGAAAGAAAUCUCACAAGUGCAUCAACUAUCCGCGAGGUAUGAAGAAAGAUGACCAACUUGAGGAACUGAAAUGCUUGAACCUCGGUGGAAGGCUUGAGAUUAGACAUCUGGAGAGAGUAAAAG